AUGGAGAACAAGGAGACCUUUGCCUUCAACGCUGAUAUUCAGCAGUUGAUGAGCUUGAUCAUCAACACGUUCUACAGCAAUAAGGAGAUUUUCCUGAGAGAGCUUAUCUCGAAUGCCUCGGAUGCAUUGGAUAAGAUCCGCUACGAGGCAAUUACCGAUGCCGAUAAGCUGAAAUCUAAGCAGGAGCUCUACAUUCGUCUGAUCGCUGAUAAGACCAACAACACCCUAACGAUCGAAGAUAGCGGUAUUGGUAUGACCAAGGCAGAGCUUGUGAACAACUUGGGUACCAUCGCGCGUUCUGGCACAAAGGCCUUCAUGGAGGCGCUGCAGGCUGGAGGCGAUAUCUCUAUGAUUGGCCAAUUUGGUGUCGGUUUCUACUCUGCAUACCUCGUGGCGGAUAGCGUGACAGUUGUUUCAAAGCACAACGACGAUGAGCAGUACGUGUGGGAGUCUGCUGCCGGAGGUUCCUUCACCGUUCAGAAGGACGACAAGUAUGAGCCUCUGGGCAGAGGCACCAGGAUCAUCCUGCACUUGAAGGAAGAUCAAGGAGAGUACCUCGAGGAGCGGAGGCUGAAGGACUUGGUGAAGAAGCACUCCGAGUUCAUCUCGUUCCCCAUCGAGCUCGCCGUUGAAAAGACGCACGAGAAGGAAGUGACUGAGUCUGAGGACGAAGAGGGCGACAAGAAGGAGGAGGAGAAGGAAGGGGAGAAGAAGGAAGGCGAAGAGGAGGGCGAGAAGAAGGAGGGCGAAGAGGAGGGCGAGAAGAAGGAGAAGGCCAAGAAGACGAAGAAGGUCAAGGAAGUUACUCGCGAGUGGGAACAGCUGAACAAGCAGAAGCCACUGUGGAUGCGCAAGCCCGAGGAAGUCACUGAAGAGGAGUAUGCUUCCUUCUACAAGUCUCUUUCCAAUGACUGGGAAGAGCACUUGGCCGUUAAGCACUUCAGCGUUGAGGGGCAACUCGAGUUCAAGGCUCUGCUCUUCGUGCCGAAGAGAGCUCCUUUCGACCUCUUUGAAGCCCGCAAGAAGAGGAACAACAUCAAGCUGUACGUACGCCGCGUCUUCAUCAUGGACGACUGUGAGGAUAUCAUCCCCGAGUGGCUCAACUUCGUGAAGGGUGUUGUUGACUCCGAGGAUCUUCCCCUCAACAUUUCUCGUGAAAGUCUGCAGCAGAACAAGAUCCUGAAGGUCAUCCGGAAGAACCUGGUCAAGAAGUGCCUUGAGAUGUUCGCCGAAAUCGAGGAGAAGAAGGAAGACUACGCGAAAUUCUACGAGCAGUUCUCCAAGAACCUCAAACUUGGCAUCCACGAAGACAGCGCGAACAGAGCGAAGAUCGGGGAGUUGCUGCGCUUCUACAGCAGCAAGUCUGGCGAAGACAUGGUUUCCUUCAAGGAAUACGUCGAUCGCAUGAAGGAGGGUCAGAAGGAUAUUUAUUACAUCACCGGCGAGUCUCGUCAGAACGUGGCGAACUCUCCCUUCCUGGAGAAACUCAAUAAGAAGGGCUACGAGGUGUUGUACAUGACGGAGCCUAUCGACGAGUAUGCAGUCCAGCAGUUGAAGGAGUUCGACAACCGCAAGUUGCGCUGCUGCACGAAGGAGGGCCUCGAGAUUGACGAGUCUGAGGAAGAGAAGAAGAAAUUCGAGGAGCUGAAGGCGGAUUUCGAUCCCUUGCUGAAGCUUAUCAAGGAGGUUUUGCACGACAAGGUUGACAAGGUGGUUCUGUCCAACAGGAUCAUUGACUCGCCUUGCGUUUUGGUGACGACCGAGUUCGGAUGGUCUGCGAACAUGGAGAGGAUCAUGAAGGCUCAAGCCCUUAGGGAUAACAGCAUGACGAGCUACAUGGUUAGCAAGAAGACGAUGGAGGUGAACGGCCACCACAGCAUCAUGGCCGAAAUCAAGAGCAAGGCUGCGGUUGACAAGUCUGACAAGACAGUCAAGGAUCUCAUUUGGCUGCUGUACGACACAGCGCUGCUUACGUCAGGCUUCAGCCUUGAGGAGCCCACGCAGUUCGCGGCAAGGAUUCACAGGAUGAUCAAGCUCGGACUGUCGAUUGAUGAGGACGAGGAUCCAAAGGACGACGAUUUGCCCCCCCUGGAAGAGGUCGAGGGAGCAGCCGAUGAGGCUUCCAAGAUGGAGGAGGUCGACUAG